AGAACUCACAGUAACCAUCGUUCAACACACAAGAGAGAAUCUAUCAAAAUUAAACACGAGAUACCUAUAUGGAGACCGUAGUGCUGAUAGUGGGAGCUGGACCAGCCGGUUUAGCAACAUCGGUUUGUCUAAACCAACACUCAAUUCCAAACGUGAUCCUCGAGAGAGAAGACAUCUAUGCAUCACUUUGGAAGAAACGAGCCUACGAUCGUCUCAAACUUCACUUAGCCAAAGAUUUUUGCCAGCUACCUUUCAUGCCACACGGUCCCGAUGUUCCAACCUUUAUGCCCAAAAACCUUUUCGUCGACUACCUUGACUCUUACGUUACCCGUUUCGACAUAAACCCUAGAUACAACCGCACCGUCAAGUUUUCAACCUUCGAUGUGUCCAAAAACAAGUGGAGGGUCGAGGCGGAAAACACGGUGACCAGAGAAACCGAGGUGUAUUGGUCGGAGUUUCUGGUGGUUGCGACCGGAGAGAACGGAGAUGGGAAUAUUCCGGCGGUCAGAGGGAUUGAAACUUUCCCCGGAGAGAUUGUGCAUUCGAGUCAGUAUAAGUCCGGGCGUGAUUUUAGAGGUAAAAAUGUUCUUGUGGUCGGAGGUGGAAAUUCUGGUAUGGAGAUUAGUUUUGAUCUUUGCAACUUCGAAGCUAAUACGGCCGUUCUCAUUAGAACUCCGAGACACGUGUUAACGAAAGAAGAGGUAUACUUGGGGAUGUCAUUGCUGAAGUAUUUUCCGGUGACGAUGGUUGACAAAGUGGUGAUGGUGGCGGCUAUGGCAAGAAUGUUAGUGUACGGAGAUGUCUCCAAGCUCGGGCUCUUCCGACCAAAACAAGGUCCUUUCGCCACCAAACUCUUUACCGGAAAAUCUCCUGUCAUUGAUGUCGGAACUGUCCAAAAGAUUCGCGACGGCGAGAUUCAGGUUAUCAAUGGUGGCAUAGGAAGCAUCUCAGGCAAAACCUUGACGUUCGAAAAUGGGAUGAAACAAGAUUUCGAUGCGAUUGUGUUUGCGACUGGUUACAAAAGCUCCGUCUGCAAUUGGUUAAAGAACUAUGAGUACGUGAUGAAGGAAGAUGGCUUCCCCAAAAAACCAACGCCAAAGCAUUGGAAAGGAGAGAAGAAUCUCUACUGUGCUGGAUUUUCGAGGAAGGGAAUCGCCGGAGCCGCUCAGGAUGCUGUGUCCGUCGCCGACGACAUCAGAACUAUCCUGGCAACUACCAAACAUUGAAGUCGUAUCUUUAUUAACAUGGGUCAUCAGAAUAAUCAUGAGAAAAGACUAGAAGCAUGUUGUGUUGGUUUGGUUUUAGUUUAGUGUUUUUUUUUUGUAACAAAGGUAUGUUUAGUCUAGUGUUUCACCUCUCAGUAUCCAUGUCUUUGAUGAGGUUUUUGUGUAUAAAUGAAUCUAUUACAUUUUUAUGUUAUAAAUAUAUGUUUAAUGG